AUGGUUAUGGUGGUGGUAGACAUUGUCGAGGGGGAAAUGAAGGAGAAGCAUUUGACGUGGAGCGGAAGUAUGCUAAGGGAAGCAGAGAAAGCAAAUAUCCACUGGUCAACUCUAGGGGGAAUGCGCAAAGCGCGUGAUAAGGCGAAAGCGCGGGAACAAAGGCGCUAUAGGCGCGCGAAGCGCGGGAAAGUCGCGCGUCGAAAAGCGGAACUGGGUGAAAGCGGUAUGCGAGCGAUAUGGGAAGUCAGGCGCCCUAUAGCGCUUAGGCGCGGGAAAAUUCGCCUAAAGCGCGCGCAAGUCGCGGAAGUGUCGCCUAUGUCGCACUCGACCUAUGUUGCAAUAUAUGCCAUUGUGAGGCUACUCAGGAUUGAGUCUCUACAGCGCAUUGCGCGGAAGUUGUAUGAGAAGCGCGUUGCAAGGAUAUCGAGUGCAUUGUGA